ACGGCGUGUUUCGUAUAUAUUCGUCGCUCACAUCGCCCGCGCAGCGUGCUAGAGAAGAUCGCAGUCAGGACGACAGCAACGGCGACGUACCUGCAGCGAUAAUGCAGGUGCUGCGGGACUUCGUGGAUAGCACGUCGGCUCACGGCGUGUACAGGGCCGCCACGCCGAUGUCGCUGUUCCGCCGCACCGUCUGGUCGCUCCUCUUUGUGCUGCUCUUCGGCUUCGCCAUCGUGCAGGCGUAUAACAUAUUGGAAAAGUACCUCUCCUAUCCGAAGCUUGUCGACGUGGACGUGAUCUACGCCAAGGAGCUGAUGUUUCCCGCCGUGACAAUCUGCAACCAGAACGCGUACGCGGGUUAUAAGCUGGAUGCGUACAACAUCAGCGUGGACACCGUGCAGGAGGCCAAGAUUUGCGACCCUUUCGAUUACGAGUACAGCUACGAGAACGACGACGACAGCUGCGACGAUGCAGAAGUGGGGGAGCAGCUUAGACGGCAGCUGCUGCUGAAGGUGCUAAGCAGCCUUACCUGGCAAGAGUGA